GAUGUCUGUCCAGAGGUUACUGUCCAACAAAACCUCCCAACAAUCAGCAUCAAAUUCGGAUUACACCUGGGAAUAUGAGUAUUAUGAGAUUGGACCAGUCUCCUUUGAAGGACUGAAGGCCAAUAAAUAUUCCAUUGUGAUUGGAUUUUGGGUUGGUCUUGCAGUCUUCGUGAUUUUCAUGUUUUUUGUGCUGACCUUGCUGACCAAGACAGGAGCUCCACACCAAGACAACGCAGAAUCUUCUGAAAAGAGAUUCCGAAUGAAUAGCUUUGUGUCAGAUUUUGGAAGACCUUUGGAGCCGGAUAAGUUAUUUUCCCGUCAUGGCAAUGAAGAAUCCAGAUCCCUCUUUCACUGUUACAUCAAUGAAGUGGACCACUUGGACAGGCCCAAGGCUGGUCACCAGACCACAGCCCUUGACAACAAUAGCCAGUUCCAGGCCCUCCAAAGCAGCGGGAGGUCUGAGGAGGAGCUAAACAGGCUCAUGAAGUUUGACAUCCCCAACUUUGUGAACACAGACCAGAACUCCUCCUUUGGGGAGGAUGAUCUUCUGAUAUCUGACCCACCCAUAGUUUUAGAAAAUAAGCCAGUUUGCCAAACCUCACACAGAGAUCUGAAUUGAGCAACCAACUUUGUGAAGACCUUCCUAAAGAUGUGGAUUCUGUCUUUAUAUAGCAAGACAUUAUCCUUUACCAAAAUUGUGUGU